AUGGGAACCAUUCAGGCUGGAAUCGGGACAGACUUUCUGGAAACAUCGAUUACACUCCAGCCAUACCUCCCCUUCCCGAAACCGGACAGCCUGAUUCGAAUCACUUACCGUCUUCGCAAGACACAUAUCGAUCAUAAUUUGACUCGUCGCCUCUUUUCUCUUACGCCCUUUCAUCCCACCCACUUUUAUCGUCAAUAUUUUAAAUUAAAAAUCUUUCUAUAUUCAUGGGAUCAAAUCUGUUUUCGUUCAUUCUUUUCUAUCUAUCUAUCUAUCUAUCUAUCUAAGCCUUUUCACAUCUAUCUAUCUAUCUAUCUAUCUAUCUAUCUAUUUUUGUCUUUAAACUAUCUAUCUAUCUAUCUAUCUAUUUUUGUCUUUCAACUAUCUAUCUCUUUUUCAUCUAUCUAUGUAUUUUUGUCUUUCAUCUAUCUAUCUAUCUAUCUAUCUAUCUAUCUAUCUAUCUAUCUAAGCCUUUUCACAUCUAUCUAUCUAUCUAUCUAUCUAUUUUUGUCUUUAAACUAUCUAUCUAUCUAUCUGUCUAUUUUUGUCUUUCAACUAUCUAUCUAUCUAUCUAUCUAUCUAUCUAUCUAUCUAUCUAUCUGA